AUGACUGCCAUGGAGCCGUACUCCUUUGCCACGGUGCUGGGGGAUGUUUUUGGCCGCAGUGUGAUGCAUGCGGAGAAACGACCGUAUGUGCCGAAAGGAUCGCGUGUACACGUGAGCUUCACCACGGCAACGACAACCACUCAAUUGCAGGCGUCUCAGCAACUUGGCAUCCCGCGCCGAGUCAAGAAGGAACGAGAAGAUGACGACAAGGGUGAUAAGAAGGGGGAAACACGUCGAGAAGCAGAGGCAGUCGAUGACAAUCUCCCCGUCCCUGUGGCAUUGACGGGACUCAUUUCAACCGAUCCAUCGGAUGGCAAAUGUCUCAUCCGCCGCACCGCAACGGACGGCGAUGAUGGCGGGGCCCUUUGGGAGUCCAAAGUCAUACCUUCGGGCAAACGAAUUGGCUGCAUUCAAAUUGCUCCGGAUAGUCGUGCAGGGAUGCUGCAAUUUCUUCCUCAUGCAGCUGCGUUUCCCUCACCGUUGCUAUACGUUGCAGACACGGUAGGGAAUGUUUACGCCGCCACACUCCCCGCUUCAUCCGUAACAGCGGUUGGCGUCGAAUCACCCGCAAAGCGGCCGCGUCAAGAGAAAGUCAACAGAAGUUCCUUUUGGGGACUUAUUGUUCCUGCCACGACGUCUGACAGCGAAACUACACACGGAGCCUGGGGCUGGUGUGGAAUAGUACCUUUUUUUUCUCAGCAACUUGUCUGCUGCAGGGAAUUUUUCUUUGAUAUUCGUCUUGUGGACGUGCCAGCUGGAACUGUUGUGCGACAAUAUGGCACAAUACAGCCGGCCACUGGCACCACCGCCUGCCCCGGAAUUCCACAUGGCGUUGUGGUGGCUGAAGGGCCGGUGGCUACGCUGUACGAUAUGCGCUGCCCCGGCGCUGCACUUACCCUGAAUACGGACACCAAGCCGGAUAUUUCACUUGUCACUAGUCGCCUAACGAGUCCCACGUCGUAUGUAGCGGGUGUAUGCUCUACAUGCAAUGAGUACGAAGUUGCUGCGGCGGUUGGUCGCUCACUUUGUGUAUAUGACGUGCGCAAGUGGAGUUGUGUGAGUGUGAGCACCAAUAUUCUCAAAUACGAAAUCGGUUCUAUUGCCCCAUUCGCAUCGGGCAAAGCAGUGGUUGUCGCUGGGAUUGACGCGGAGGUACGGAUUGUUCCAUUGCAAAAAGCUUCUCCUGUUUCAGCUGCUUCUGCGCCGACUCAUGCUGGUGGCAAUGGCAUUGCACGCAAUGAGAAGGUAAAGAAGGAGGAGGAGGGGGAAUCAGCGGCUCCCAAUUCCUUUAGAAACCGUAUUGAUUCUGCGGUCUGUUGCAGGAGCACGUGGAACGGUGGGUGGGUGGAGAGUCUUGACGGCUCAAAUGCCAUUGGCGUAUCAGCGGACCACGAGGUGUUUCUUUCCUUCUAA